AUGGAUGUGACCGCGGGCUUCUUCGGCAAGCUGCGGGAGCUGGCCGUCACGGUGGAGAAGGAGGUGAAGCAGCUGGAGCGGGCCAUGCGCGGGGAGGACGCCGACUAUGAAGAUGAAUCUCCGCUUGCAGUCCUGCAUGACCUCCAUGGAGAAAUCAAGACUCAGAAGCAAGAUGUUAGUGCCAGUCUUGGUAAGAUUUGCUCUGAAAAAAAAGCAGUUCAUGAAUUCAUGAAGGCAAGUGAAAUCUUGUUGCAAAGAAAUGCAGCAGAUCUUGGAAAAAUAAGAGAGCUGUUCCAGAAAUAUGGCUACAAACCACAUGUCAAUGACUCUACAGAGCUACAAGAAGAGGAGGAUGAAGCUAAGAGUGAAUCAGCAAUGUGUGCCCAGAAUAAAUGUGAUGAAGAAAAAGCAAAUGCAGUGCCUCGGCUCUGUGCUCCUGCAGAGGAGGCAGCCCUGCCCAAAGACCCGCUGCACGUCCCGCAGCUCUCUGACUUCGGGCUCUCGCAGUACGCCUUCCCCCGGCCCUGGAGCGCCCUGAGGGCACAGCACAGCUCCAGUGCGCGUCAGCUAAAGGCCCAGAGUGACACUCCACUGAGAGUGCCAACGCCUCAGGCUCUGCCCAAAACACCCAAAUGUAAGCUGAAGAUGGAUGACUACGAGUGUGUGACACCCAAGCUUGAGCACUUUGGCAUUAGUGAACAUACCAUGUGUAUGAAUGAAGAUUACACCAUGUCACUUAUUCAGAAAACUUCUCAGGCUAUCAAAAAGUUUGUUAAAAGAGGAGAUGAUAAUGGAGAGAAUUUGCCAGAAAUGACCAUCAAGCAAAUCAUGGUUACUCCUGCAUCAAAAUCAAGUAAGAGAGCUGAGAAUGCAGCAGCUGACUGGAUGGCUUCUCCUAUGGUAUUUGUGUUCUGUACUCCUGAUGUGAAGGACUCUUCCAAAACAAAUAAUACAGUAUUAUCAAGGUCACCAGAGACCAAGGAACUGCCUCUUCCCAGUCAUGCAGCAACACCACAGUGUCCAGAUUUUCAAACAAGAUGGCUAAAAGCAGAAGCUAAGCAGCAGGUAACACCAGGGGCAAAGCUUGAGUCAGUGACAAAGAAUGAAGCAAAAGAUGCACCAUACAAAGAAGAAAGAAUUCCUUUUGCUGCAAGCUCUCAUGAGUAUCUUAAACAUAGUGAGGACCCUUCCCCUCCCAAACUGGAACACUAUGACCAUUUACUCAAUACUCCUCCACCUCCAGAAAUAACAAGGAUACCAGAUAAUGUUCUAAAGAUGCUUUCCCAAUAUAAUCAUAAGGUAGACUCUUUUAAAGCCAAGGAAAUUGAGACCAAGGCAGGAAAUACUGCAAGAUAUGAAAGUGGUUCCAGGGAUUACAGCAACAAAGAGAACAGGUAUGAUUGCACUUCACAAAUUUGGUUAAGUAAUUUAAUUUGUAGGAGGUACAAAGAGGCACUAAUGCACUUAGAAAUUCACAGUUGCUUGCUAUUUGACUAUCAAAACAGCUCUUGCUUCUUUGACUAAAUAACUGGGGUUUUGGCAUGGUAUAUAACUGCUUGUUUGUAAAGAACAAAUAUUAUAGCUGGUGGUGUGUUUGGAUCCUCCCAAAUAAAAAAAAAAGGCAGAUUUUUACUGUAGGUUUAUCUCUAGGAAUACUUUGCUUUGUGGCAAUAAAAGCACCAGUGAAUUCUUUCUGGGUAAACUUAGGCAAUAAAACAAAAGAAUUUGGUGAAAAGUAUCUAAGUGAGAAUUGAUUUCAAACUUGUUUUGGUAAAGGCAAAAUACUUGAAAUGAAAAGCUACAAUACGUAUGAGUAAUCUUAGAACAACUGAGUUACAGUUUUAUAAAGAACACCAUCAGUUUGAAUAUAAGGAAGGUUUUAUCACAACUUUAUCAAAGCGUACAUAUUCCUGAUUCAAUGUAAUAUAAUGCUUGUUGAUUAUCUGUUAAACUUAGAGUCUGUAAAGAUUAUUUAAAUAGGAGGUACAAGGAACAUGUAAGGAACAACAACCCAGAGUGACACUGAUAGAAGUUGAUAUCUUACUAUUGUUGGGAGUUGGAAUCAAUCUGGGUAAUCUCACUUUAGAUGACCCUUCAUUUUUUGUUGUCAAGACAAAAAAGACACGUUUUCAAUAUUUCUGUCUUUUGCUAAUUCAAAAUAUGAUUUAAAUAAGCUCAUUAACAUGUCUGGGUAUAUUUUUAGAGGAUAUCGUGGAGUUUUCAAGACAAACAUGUGAAAUGAAACUGAAGACCAUGUUGAAACUUUCACAUUCAUGGAUCUUAUCACCAAAUCAUAACAAGUUCAAAAAGCAAAAGGAAACACUGGUGGGAAGAAAGAGCUAUACCGAGAACAGGCCUUUUUAAUGGAGAACAAUUCUUUAUCCAUGAUGUGGAUGUACUUGUUUGAACUAACAGAUUGUGCUUAAUACUCUAUUGACAUUAUUGGCAAAAUGAGGGGUUGUAAAUAUAUUGCACUUCAAAGAGGAAUGGAGAUCCAUGUACAAGGUGGUGCUUCAGUUGUUUGUUGUGUGGGAUUGCAUUUGCAGUAGGCUGUAGAGAGUGCAGUUAGACUGUAAUAAAAGCAAAGUCCAGUAUAUUGCUCUCAAAAGUGGAUAUCUCUGGCUGUUCCAGUGACUCUGCAUCCUUUCAGGGCUGAAGUCUGGUGCUUCAUCAGUAUUUGAUAUCUUCAAAAGAAACAAGUAAAUUUGUUUUGUAUUGGAAGAGUAAUUCCUGCUUUACUGUUUAAAGCAGUUCUGUGCUUUUAGUCCUUUCUGCAGUGCUAAGAUGUAUCUGACACAUCCCUGCACCAGACUGACUGUUACCUCUCUGGCAGACAGGCAUUUCCCAUGCAGCUUCUUCCUUUAUGCAUCAACAUAGUAUCAGGUGCUAUGCAUCUGGUUUCUUUGUAGCUCUGGAAGGUGACUCCGGCUCUACUGUGAAUCCUUUGAAAUGUGCAAUUGUUACUGGUUAUGUGUAUCUUAAGCUGCUUGGAAGAAUUUGGCGGCAGGCCUGUAGGUGAUUGCUUCCUCUCCUGCUGCUGCCGUGUGUAUUCUCUUCAGUGCUGGUAUCACUUCUAAAUGUGCACAUCUAACCCUGUAGUAGCUGACCAAGCUGAAGUUCUCAGAGCUGUUUGGAACUCUUUUGGUA